CUGUUAACUUAGGUUUGGGCGGAACCAAAUAGUGUCAGAGCCAGACAUCGGGCGGUGUGCCAAUGAGGACGUUGGGCCUUGAAGAAAGGGGUGAAUUGUGAGUGGAUUGUGAGAUCUUACGUCAGUCUGAAGGAGAACGAAAUAUUUCUUAUUAGGGGUGGAACUCUUUUUCACUAGCAGACACGUUUUAAAAACUUGGGCCCCAAAUGAGAUAAAUUGUCAAUGGAUUGUGAGAUCUCAUAUCUGAUGAAGACGAAAACGGAACAUGUUUUUAUAAGGGUGCGGAAAUGAAAGAAUGUCUGCUACCUAACUUUAUCUCUACCUUUGAAUUUCAUCAAUCAGUAUUAAACCUAUAUUAAACAUAUGUAUACAGAGAUAUUGGUGCUAGGUCGAUGGAGACGAUCAUUCUCUGCUAUUUUAAGGAUAAAACGUUUUAACCUUUUGAGUAUAUCUAUGGAUGAAGUUUGAGGUUUUAAACAGAGAAUGCCAGACUGUUCAUUCUUUUUUCUUCAAUCCAGCAUCGUUUCUUUCCAAACCCAGCUGUUAGAACACAUUUCAACAUCUUAAAAACAGGAUCUUAUGGUUUUAUCCAGUUUUAAAACAUUUGCUAUAAAAACAGCAUUCUUCUUCAAACCAAUCAAUCCAAUUUCAAAGCUUCAACCAAAUCACUCAUGGCAGAGAGUUCAGCUUCCAACAAUGAACGCCACAGUCAUUCUAUGAGUGUCGAAGAUGAUUCGGCAUCCGAUUGUGUCUCUGUACUUUUCAUUCAGAAGUUGAUUGCAGAGGUUAUGGGGACAUAUUUCGUGAUAUUUGCAGGCGAAGCAUCAGUGGUGGUGAAUUUGAGCAAAGAUGGAGUCAUCACUUUCCCAGGGAUUUCAAUUGUUUGGGGUUUGGUUGUAAUGGUGAUGAUCUAUUCCGUUGGCCACAUUUCCGGUGCUCAUUUUAACCCUGCUGUCACCAUAUCAUUUGCCAUUACCAGAAGAUUUCCAUGGAGUGAGGUGCCUUCAUAUCUGGCGGCUCAAGUUCUUGGAUCAACAUUAGCAAGUUGGACACUUUGGCUAAUUUUUAAUGGAAAACAAGACCACUUUCCAGGAACUCUCCCAAGCGACUCAUACAUGCAGACCUUUGUCAUUGAAUUCAUAAUCACAUUCUACCUCAUGUUUGUGGUUUCUGGUGUUGCCACUGACAAUAGAGCCAUUGGUGAACUUGCUGGACUCGCUGUUGGUGCUACCGUGCUUCUGAACGUGAUGGUUGCAGGGCCAAUAACAGGAGCAUCCAUGAAUCCAGCCAGAAGCUUGGGGCCUGCAUUAGUGUUUGCACAAUUCAAGGGAUUAUGGAUUUACAUGACAGCGCCUAUUCUAGGAGCAAUAUCAGGUGCGUUAGUGUAUAAUACCAUCAGGUUCACAGACAAACCUCUACGAGAGAUUGCUCGAAGUGCAUCGUUCCUCAAAAGUCGUCAUGUCACCCCAUGAAAACUUUUGAGACACCAAAGG